CUUGGGCCGUUGUUAGGGGUGUACGUUUCGCCCGCCGCCGCGAAAACAUAUCGAGUGAAAUACGUAACUUUUAGUGGUAUUUUUUCGUUAGUGUGUGUGAGGAUUUUUCAUUAAUCAUUAAGUACAUACUAACAUGUGACUCGAGAAAUAUAUUGACUAAAACGGUGAAUGCAAAAUGUAGAACAAAAUGGUGGCUGACAAGUGAUAACAAGAUGGAUGCUUUUGGCGGGAAAUUUUGGCGCGCUUUCCUAUUCGCAUUCAUACUGGACUGCAGUGUCUGUCAGCUCAGCUGGACCGAAGGCCACGAAGACCUGGUUGAUUUUGUUCCAGUAUCCACGAUGGGUGUGGAGGCUGUGGUGGGGCGCACCGCCUCCCUGCCCUGUGACAUCGAGCCCGACUCGAACGAGGAUAGAGUCUACAUGGUGCUGUGGUUCAGACACGCCGGUGGAAAACCUUUGUACAGCUUCGACGUUCGCGGCAGGAGUUUCAACAAGGCCCUGCACUGGUCAGACCCUACCGCCUUCGGGAGGAGGGCGUACUUCGUGACCAUGUCCCGACCCUCGGCUCUGACUGUUGACGGCGUGCAGUUAGACGACGAAGGGGUAUACCGCUGCAGAGUCGACUUCAAGAAUUCGCCAACGAGAAACUUCCAGAUCAAAUUGAACGUCGUCGUUCCACCGCAUCAGCUCCUUCUGUACGACGAAGCUGGUCAUGACGUGGCGGGAGUUGUUGGGCCAUUAGAAGAGGGGGGCAACUUUACAUUGCUAUGCGAGUUGAGAGGAGGUCGACCUCAACCAACCUUAACGUGGUUGAUCAACAACAAGCCUAUAGAAGACCACACGGUCCUCAAGAACGACGGCAAGGUCAUCGUGAGCCGGAUCAGCAUAGGAGGAGCCGAGAGGAAUUGGUUGAACACCAGCAUACGAUGCCAGGCCACCAACACUCCGCUGCUAAGUCCUCACGAAAGGACCGCCAGGGUUGAAAUGCAUCUGCGUCCACUUUCGGUCCUGAUCAGUAACAAACCAGGACAAAUGUCGGCCGAUAUGGAAAUGACUCUUGUGUGCGUCUCGCACGGCAGUAGACCGCCAGCUCAGAUAACGUGGUUCAGAGAAAACAGAAGAUACACAAGGGGAAAGCACAGCGAGUUCACCAAUGAGACCACGACAGUGAGCCGGCUGACGAUGCUUCCCCAACCAGAAGACGACGGCGCCAUCAUCAGAUGCAGAGCCGACAAUCCCGUGCUGAGGGUCGCCCUGGAAGACUCAUUCAUGAUGAGCGUUGUCUACCGACCGGUAUUGACAAUGGCAUUAGGCAGCACAUUGAACCCGAACGACAUCAAAGAAGGCGACGACGUAUACUUCGAGUGCAACAUCAAGGCGAAUCCAAAGGAACACCGCAUCACUUGGUAUCACAACGAUGAGCCGGUCCUCCAGAAUAUAUCGUCAGGAGUCUUCAUCAGCACCAAGUCCUUAGUUCUGCAGCGGGUGACGAAGGUGGAUGGAGGUCUGUACACGUGUCGAGCUGCUAAUCAGAUGGGAGAAUCUCACAGUCGGGCCGUUUACCUUAGAGUUCAAUAUGCUCCGACUUGCGCCCAACCUUCUCCCCUGGUGGUCGGCGCGCGACUGGACGAGCCUCUCCGCGUGCGGUGCACCGUCAGCGCCGACCCCGCCGACGUCUCCUUCUACUGGCAGUUCAACAACAGCGGCGAGAGUUUCCAAGUCUCCCCCGCUAGAUACGUGUCCACGGGCGGCACCACCAGUGAGCUCCGGUACCGGGCGGCCAGCGAACGGGACUACGGGGCCCUGCUGUGCCGCGCCACCAACUCGGUCGGCAGACAGAAGCGGCCGUGCGUCUUCCAGAUUGUUCCGGCAGCAAGACCUUCUCCGCCGAGAAACUGUACAACGAAUAGAGUUCUAAAGAACAAUUUAGCGUAUCUUGCUGUGAAAUGCGUCGCUGGCUACGACGGGGGAUUGACCCAGCACUUCACCCUCGACGCUGUGGGAGAAAUCACCAGAGUCCUGGUCAAUGCUUCAGCCGGAUCAAGUGAUUUAAUAGUGCAUCUAAACGUAAGCUGGUCAACCCUGGAGUCUUUGUCGGAAGAUGAGGAACUUGUGGUGACAGCACGGAACAGCAAAGGGGCUUCGGAUCCCGUUCCCUUGAGAGAAGUGGUCUUCAGAGAUGCUGCAAAAAGAGCAGAAAGCACGACAAGAGCGGAGAGCAAGUUUCCCCUGGCUGCAACUUUAGCUGCUCUAGCGGCGAUCCUCACUGCAGUGUCCGCUGUGGUCAUUGUGCUUUUGCGCAAGCGCAACGACAACUCCUCGAACAGUAAACGACCAUCGCAGAGCGUGGUGCAGGUAGACGCUGAGGGCAGACGCUACCUCAUAGCCUACCCUCCCGCUGACAAACCAGAGUCCAAGCCGGAUAUCCUCAAUCCAAAAUCUGACAACGAACCCCCACGCGUGGUGUUGGAGUCAUGCGACAGUAAGAACUACGUCAUCAGGGAGGUCAAUAGUGACCACCGACCUGCGGCAUACAACUCUCACACGCCUGACGAAGGAUUGAUGCCGCAGAGAUAACAAAAGGAAUGUACAAAUAUGGAUAUGUAAAUAAUUUAAAAGAAAAAAAUAUAUGUGUAUCGUUUCAUUGUAAAAUUUCCAAGGGAUGCCAAUAUUUUAAAUUGUAAUGUUUGCAUGAUGAGACACGAAAUUCAGAAAUUAGUUAAUGUUGUUUUAUAAAAAAAAACUAGCGACCCGUCUUCGCUUCGCUUCGGAAACUGUAAUUUAUUAUUGAUUUCUCCACUAUUUAAAGGAUGUUAUUAUACAUAUAAACCUACCUCUUCAAUCACUCUAUCUAUCAAAAUAAACCGCAUCAAAAUCCGUUGCGUAGUUUUAAAGAUUUAAGCAUACAUAGGGACAGACAGAUAUAGGGACAGAGAAAGCGACUUUGUUUUAUACUAUGUAGUGAUAUAUUAUAAUGCUGUAAGUUUUACUUUCAAUUAGUCUCCAAUGGUAACAUGGCUGUUUCAUAAAAGUGAUUGUAAAAUAGCUACAAAAGCUUAAAGCGAUAUAUUUUAAGCUCUCUUCGUCAGCUGUGACUGGAUAUUGCAACCAGACCGAUUUUGAAGCUAAAAAAAAAUUAAUUUUGUAUUAGUAAAAACGAUUUAAAAACCGAUUGCUAGGUUUCACCGGAAAGCUUAAGCCUCAUUCAAUUUUAAAAAGUAAAAUUGAUUUAAGAAUGGACAAAAAAAUUUCGUGUCUCGUCUGUAGAGAGUUUAUAUUUAAUAAAUCUUCCAUAUCAAAAUUUUAUUAGUUUUAAAUAUUUUAAGUGUUAAAAUUUAAGUCUGUUUGUUGCUAAAGUUUCAAAUGUAUUUAUAUGAAUAUAUUAUGUACAGAAAUGUGUGAGGAGAGUUCCAAAAUUAUUUGUUUUAAACGAAUUUUAUUGAUUUUACAAAAUAAUUAUUUCCGACUGUAUAAAUUAUAAACUAAGAAUGUUCACAUUAAAAAUAAUUUUACAGAUUAGGCUCUUGUUUUUUUAUUGGUUUAAUUGACUAAAACUUAGAUAACUAUAAUUCGAAAAAGUUAAUAACUAAAAUAAAAACUUAAUAACCGGAAAAAACAUUCGUGAGUAUAAUGAAAUUUUACGCUUUGGCAUUAGUAAAAACCUUAAAUUUUGGCUUCCAUUUGUUUUAAUUUUUUCAUUUAAAUCCCCUUUUAUAUUUUAUUAUCAACGCUAAUUUGAUAAUCUAACAAUCCAAUAAUAUACUCCACCAAUGUCUACCGGAAAUUUGAUAAAAUUUAUUUAAAACAAAUACCCCUUUAACUCUUCGAUAGGGUAAAUUUUAUUAAUUAAAAAUCGCUUAUGAAAGGUAAUUAUUAAAUUUUAAUUUAAUUAAAAUGAUCGAUGAUCACCAAAAUAUAUGCGUACGUAAAAUUAUUUCUUUAAAACAAAAGGAUUUAAGUGGUCGUAAAAGGGAAUUUACUUAAAUGAAAUUUUGGUAUGUUUUUGAGGUUGCCACGCCUGUAGACGUAAUUAAAAGCACUUUUACAUAACGCUAUUAGUCCCCUCUAGUUCUGCGUACAAAGAAAAAUAAACAACGAUGCAUAUCUAAUUUCAUAUUUGGAAAACAUUUUACCAAAGAGCUUAAUUUAAACUGUAUGUUAGUAUUUGCUAAAGGUCAGAACAGUUUGUGGAUACCACAAUGAAAUUCUCAAUCGAAUCGAAUUGGUGAAGCUUGUCUUUAAAUGAAAUAAACGAUAGUUGAAAUCGUAAAUAUAUUUUUAAGCGAAUUUAAAAUUAAAGUUCACAUACAGAAUAUAAAAUUUUGUACUACUGUAAAUAUAUAUCUUUUUUGUAAGUAAACAUUUCAUUUGUCGUCGUGGGUCAGAGCGUCCGUGAAUGGAUAAAACAUUUCAAAAUUUUCAUGAACCCGAUUUUGAAAAUGAUCCACUAUAAUAAACACAUUCACGCUGUGACACAACGAUGCUUCUUAAUAAUGUUUAAUUUGUAUAAUUUAAGUUUUUCAAAGAGAUAUAAAUGUGAUUGCUAUGAAUGUUGAUUAAAUUGAAAUAUAUAUAAUUAUUAUUUAUAAAAGAAA